UAUUCGCCAAUGAAGCGGUCAGUCACGCCCCGUGUUUCCUUAUGAACUGAGAUAACAAGCAGAGAGUGGUUUCACAUCGACAGCGGUGAUGUAUCGGAGGCAAGAAGUGAUACGGCUGACAACUGUCUGAAAGAAGUUACUUUACUUUAGACAUUUACUGAGUUCACCCAUGACGCUGGACCACUGUAUAGACCUGGAUGUGUUGAAUGAAUCGACCUCGUUAUCAUUCGGGACCAUAUGUUGUUAAAGCCCAGCGGAGGAACAAGAAACGACAGUUUUUGGAGGCUGUCUGGACCCCGGAGGACGAAGCUGCUAGCUUAUAGUAACUCACAGCUGUGGUGCCAAGAGGGGAUAGACACAGUGAGAGAGACUACACGCUAAACAGAGGAUAAUCUGGCCGAGGAUAACCUUGCCAAUCUCCCUGCGUUCAGAAGAAGAUAAAUUAGUUAGCUCGGUGAGAAGAAAACACCUGACUACGGCGACGUUUGCCAAGACUGUCACCUCAAAAUAGAAAGAAAAAGCAAAAGUCACCAUCCAGGUUUUCUAGGAUGAAUCACUUGUCCUUAAGCGAGCUAUGUUGCCUGUUCUGCUGUCCACCAUGCCCCAGCAAGAUUGCCUCAAAGCUGGCCUUCCUGCCCCCAGAGCCCACCUACAGCCUCAUGUGCGAUGAGAGCGGGAGCCGGUGGACGUUACACCUUUCCGAGCGUGCAGACUGGCAGUACUCCACGCGAGAGAAAGACGCCAUUGAGUGCUUCAUGACUCGCACAUCAAGAGGGAACCGCAUUGCCUGCAUGUUUGUCCGCUGCUCACCCAGUGCCCGCUACACACUAUUAUUCUCCCAUGGAAAUGCAGUGGACUUAGGCCAAAUGAGCAGCUUCUACAUCGGCCUUGGGUCACGGAUCAACUGCAAUGUCUUCUCUUAUGACUACUCAGGCUACGGGGCCAGUUCUGGGAAACCCUCGGAAAAGAACCUGUACGCUGAUGUGGAUGCCGCCUGGCAGGCGCUCCGCUCACGGUAUGGCAUCCGGCCAGAGAACGUCAUCGUGUAUGGCCAAAGCAUUGGCACCGUGCCCUCAGUGGAUCUGGCCUCGCGCUAUGAGAGCGCUGCUGUCAUCCUCCACUCCCCGCUCACCUCUGGCAUGAGGGUGGCCUUCCCCGACACCAAGAAGACAUACUGCUUCGACGCCUUCCCAAACAUUGACAAGAUCUCUAAGGUAACAUCUCCAGUGCUGGUGAUUCAUGGUACAGAGGAUGAGGUCAUCGACUUCUCCCACGGCCUGGCCCUGUACGAACGCUGUCAGCGCCCGGUGGAGCCGCUCUGGGUGGAGGGGGCCGGGCACAAUGACGUUGAGCUCUACGGACAAUACCUGGAGAGACUCAAACAGUUUGUUGCACAUGAGCUGGUCAACUUGUAGAGGAGCUGAAAGACCAAGGGCGGAGAGGGGAGAAGAGGAGGAAAGAAUAGUAUUUCAGGAGUGGUUUGUUGAUGGAAAAAGGUGCAACUUUUUCCUCUCUUUGUGAAGUGGUGCAGGUAUAGGUGGUGUUUGUCUGUGUUAUGCUGACGUCUUGGUGGCAGUCUUUUCUCUGUAUCAAACACCUCUCCUCCCGAGUACUGUCCGCUCACUUGAUGCAGCUGUGAACUUACAAGUACCCAUCACUUUUUUUGUUUUAUUUUUUUAUUUUUUUAUUUUAUCAUGUUGAAAAUUGCACAUCUUGAAAGUGUGUGAAUGAAAGAAGAGGUAGGAAUGUGCAUAGAAAACAAACCAUGUGUCCGCACAGAACAAGACUGUGUCAGAGUGUGUGUGUACGAGUGUGUAUGUGUCACAUUUUUGCUGCCUUUUGAGAAUAACGUGGUCCACUGGAGUCUUCUUGUCAGAUCUUGAGGUUUUUGUGGUUCUGAGGAGAAGCCUCGCUUCAAACUGGACUGGACCAGAAGUGGACCAGACUCUCUAACCCAACUGAACACCAUCUGACUAUGACAUAAAGUUUGGUCCUACACACUGCAGACAUCAUGGAUUUCAUUUUUUUGGAGUACUGUUUCUUAUAUUUUUUUAUAUUAUACAUGAUAUUUGCACGUUUCAGCUGCUGCUGAAGAACUGUACAAGACAAACUGACCUGUUAUCUAGCUGUGCCAGUGUUGCCAAAUGUUAAGUAUAAUACUGCAGACAUUUAGACACGCAAAGAACUUUGUACUUUGUGGAAAUAACUUCUAGAAACUUCUCCAUAGUUCUGUUUGCUGUUUUCAGUCUUCACUUCUUUUUGUGGUCUUGAAAUUGUACAAUAUAAUGUUAAAAUCUGCAACAACAACAUGGGUCUCAAUCAGCAGCGUGUGCAGCCAAUCAAAAGGCUGAAGCUUGACAUCACUGACCAAUGAAGUACAGAUAAUUUCCUCACACGUUUCAAAAGCUCUUACUUUAGAGUUUACAUCAAAGUAUUCUGAUAUACUUGUUUAAAAAAAAUGGAAUGCUGGACAAUUUCGGACUCCACUUAAGAAACUAUAAGUAUCCUCAUUGAUGUUUAGACCAAUAAUAACGUUGUAUUUUCUGUCUUUGGUUCUGCUGAUCUCAUGUCCAAUAAUAUGUGCAGUUAUUUUUUAAGGAUCUCUCUUGUGUACCCAAAUCAGAUGUGUCUAUGUGUCUUCAUAUGAUACAAAUUGAGCUGCUGUGACAGCAGCUUAUGCUUGGGUCUUUGAUUAAGACUUUAACCACUCAUGCCAACCAGGACUGAACGGUUAAUGUUGUUACCACAGCUGAUGUCCCCUUUUCUGUUUCAGGUAGUCGUAACAAAAUAAGUUUAUAUACUCUGGUGUAUAUGAGAUGGUAAAUAAAUGGGACUCUAAUCUCAAUUACUCACUAAUAAUAAGUGAUCUGUAACUAUGGGUUAACCUCAGCAUUUAAGGCCUCUGUCACAAACAGAAUGUUUUUCUUUCAUUGUCUUAACUUUGUCUUUUUGUCUGCAUGGUAUUUCUGGAUCCAUUGUUGUUUGUUGAUUUGACCUUUUAAUGCUGGGUCAUAAAAGCAAAAAAAAAAAAAAAAAAAGCCAGCCUAUGACUCCCUUAAAGCCCUGACAGAGCCCUGAGAAGCAAAUGUCAAAGAGCUACUGCAUGUCGCUAAAGGCUCAUCUUUGGCCUAUGUAACAAACCCAGAAAAACAUCAGAAAUCCUGAUGAAUCAUUUUCCUAUAGGAGUGUUAAACACCUGCAUUACUCUAGAAACAGUUUUAUCUAAAGGAGUGAAAUACUGUUGGUAAUGAACCACUAAGCCAAUGGGUGCUAUUAUAAACCUUCAGGUCUGUUAACUCACAGGUUGGAAGAAGCAAAACUUCAGAUCAGGGUUGGUAACUGUCGUUUGUCCGGUGAUGGUCUGUUGUAAUGACUUUUUUUUUUUCACAACUCAUGUCUUACGAAGAAGGAUUUUUCUUUCUUUCAUUUUCACUGUGUAAAUAAUAUUUGUACUGAACAUAUUGUCAUUUUUAUUUCUCUUUUGUCAUAACCUGUCAACUGUAGUUCUUUUUACUUCUUUAACCCUUGAUAGACAAUAUCAGACCACGUUAGGCCAUCGUCAUGGCUUUUCAGAUGGACUUUGUACCAGUCACUUUGACUAAUGUCAUCUCUGAUUUGACUAGAUUCAUUUUGUAUAGCAUAUUUCAGUAAAGGAGAAACAUAAAUGUAAUAACAAUAUUAUUAUAGUAAUUCUAACAUGGAUAGAGAAAAUAAAACCGUAUCUGAGAAGCAACAAAA